AUAAUAAAUUCUAAUUCGGGUCAAUUUAAAACUACGAAACUUUCUCGUCGCGUACGAUGAGAAUUUUUAAUAAAUAAGUUUAUAAACAUUUAUGAGGACACUCCCUGAAGCGUUUUUAUAUUAAUAAGGAAACUUUUAAGUGGAAAUCAAUGAAUCAAUAAAUAUAUUGUGCUUAUUAUAUGAAUUAAUGAAAAAGCGAGGGUCUGUCGUUUGUUUUACUUACAAUUAUUGAACUGCAGGAUUACUGUUUAUCCGACAUAAGCAGUGCAGUCUGACAAAGAGAACAGAGCAAGAGGGAAAGAGAGACCGUCGCGUGAUACGUGACCGCGAUAUUAAGGUUAAUCCUGGCCCGUCUGUCCAAGUCGAAUCCCACCAUAAACUCUGGCAACGGCACACGCUCGUCGCGAUUAGUACCUAAUUGAAGUGCUUUCAUCGUUGGUUCGCGCCGCGCGCUUACAGAGAAGUUUCAAAGCCAGAGGGAGAGAGUGGCUAAUCGUUACGAAGCUGAGGCUGAUUAAAACCAAGAGAAAUGACUCCAUAAAUUAAUUUCUGUUAUGCGAAUAAGAAAUAAAUCUAACUGAUGCAAUAGGCACCCUCGGUUUUCAAUUUUUAACUCACUGUUUCAGAAUAUUUUAUCUAUAACAUGAAAUAAGGCGAAAUCGUACGCGAUCUUUCAGCUCAUUAUUGAUUCGGAAAACGGACAUCCCCGUAGAAUUAAUUGAGCACCGAUAACACAGUCGCACGUUAUCGAUAUCUGUCAAUCGCGAUUAAACGAAUUCAAUUGAAACAGACUUAUUGAAUUUCUGCUGUUUGCAAAAGGAUCUAGCCACGGGCCUUUACCAAUGACAGAUGAGUAAAUCCUGUGCGGGAUAGAUAUAAAACAGCUAAACCAAAACGAACGGUAGUAGUGAAGCCAUUCACGUCUUUCUAUAAACGUGCUUCUUGCGAGAGAGGGAAAUUCGUGACGCUAUGCAUCGAGCAACGUACCUCGCGUUGGUCCUCACUUUGGCGAUGAUGACAAAGGCUACGUAUAACUACUGCCAGCGGUGCAAUCAAAGUUUUGAAGCGUUGAGAAAAAAUAGCCGGUACCCGGAGAACUUCCAUCCUCUCCUCCGCGUUCAGCUGACGGGUGGCGGUUCGCAUUUACCUGGACAGGAAAAUUACGUCGAAGAAGAGGAACAGCCAAUGUCCAACGUUCGGGACGACAGAAACUUAUCUCCCGAGUAUCGUAGUCUAUGCGAAACCGUAACAAAAACCACGGAAUUACGCGACACCGAGUACGAGUAUCUACCGCCUCUUUAUCAUGAGGUUUAUUGUAAAAAUCACGCGUUGAUAAAUAACUUGCAAAACGCGAACCCAUUGAUACAGGAAUGCGUGCACCCUCCCGGGUUUCAUUGCGUGCAAAAGAGUAAAACGCUGUUUCUGGUGAGGCGUCGACGGAACAGCGACUGUUGGGAACCUGACGUGAAGGAGAUCGCCAGCGGUUGCGACUGCAUGUGGCCAAUAUCUACUUUCGGAGACAUAAUCGAACAUUAUCAAUCAAAGGAAUCGGAGCUCAGGAAUUAAUGAUUCCAAAGUUGAGAAUCGUAAUGAUGUAAAAACAUUAGCUUUAUAAUCAACUGAACUGUCACGCUUACAAGAUUCUAUUUUAUGAAAUCGUACCACUAC